AUGGGAGAAAGUAGGAGGAAACUGAAGGGAGGACACAUCACUAGGGCACCCUGGGAAGUUGACUCCCUGUGUCUACCUAGAGAAGCUACUUUUUUGAAGAAAAGAAGAGAUAUCGAAGAUGCUGUGGAAGGAAGCAAAAUUGAUAGUAAAAGGAAAAGAUUUAAAGAUGCAGUUAAUGAGGAUGUAGACAAAGCUACCCUAAGAUGGUUCCACGAAAUGAGACAACAAAAUGUGGCAAUUAGUGGUCCAAUGAUUGCAGAAAAAGCAAGAACAUUUGCGUCUUUGCUAGGCAACAACGAGAUUAAAGCCAGCAAUGGGUGGAUUACAUCAUUUCGAAAACGUCAUGGUAUUGUAUUUAAAACCAUCUCAGGUGAAGAAAAGUCAGCUCCAGUCAAUGAUGUUGCAUCCUGGAAGCAAAGAGAAAAAGAGACUAUUGAAAAAACUUAUUCUCCAGAAAACGUGUACAAUGCUGAUGAAACAGGCUUAUUUUAUCAGCUCAUGCCAGAUAAAACAAUGGCAUUUAAGGGAGAAAAUUGUAAAGGCGGUAAAAAAUCAAAACAGCGGUUAACUGUUCUACUUUGUGCAAACAGUACUGGAAUAGAUAAGUUCGUUACACUUUGUUAA